AUGUCAGAAUUAACUGCAUUGCAAUCCAGGAUCCCAUUUGAUGAUACGUACAUUUUGUAUGAUCCCAAUGACAAACUUUCAUUCAUCUGUUGUUACUUUUCACUUUUACCCGUUGGAAUAUUAGUGUUUUACUUCUCAUGGUUCAUCAUAACGCGAGAGAUAGAGGCUAUUAUCCUAGCAGGAGGCCAUGUUUUAAAUGAUAUCAUCAAUAAUAUUGUUAAGAAUAUUGUUAAAGAAGAUAGACCCGUUGAUUUUGGUACAUUUCAGAAAGAUUCGGUAAGGUCAGGCUAUGGUAUGCCAAGCGCUCAUUCCCAGUUUAUGGGGUUCUUUGGCAUGUAUGUUGGUUUACGUGUGUGGUUUCAAUGGGGUGGGCUAACCAAGGUACAUAAAAUCUUGGCUAGCAUAUUGAUUUUAGUAGCGGCUAUUGGUGUUAUUUUUUCAAGGGUGUAUUUGGGAUACCAUACUCUGAAACAAGUUGUGGUAGGAGCAUCAAUUGGAGCAUUAUUCGGAUCUUGCCAUUUCAUUGCAUCAACAUUAGUAAGAUAUCUGGGUAUAAUCGAUUGGUUGUUGUCAUGGAAAUUGUUCCAGUGGUUCUUAAUCAAAGAUUCUUGUUUCCAAGCUCCAUUCAGUUUGAGAGACGAAUAUAAUGCAUAUCUCGAAAGAAGGAAAUUAGAGCCAAAAACCAAAAAGGAAUAA